GAGAGAGAGAGAGAGAGAGAGAGGCAAAGGUGGCUGCGUGACUGAAACGGAUUCUCGGGGUCAGACAGGGAGAGAAGCUGCUGGGGACAUCUCUCACCGUGCAUCCCGAAAGAAACGUUGGUGCAGCGUGACGAGAGCAGGCUCUAUCCCAAAACUUAACUUAGACCAUUGGUACCUCGUUCUGUAUCUCGCAUCUGAGGAGCUUGAUGCGUACCGCGUGAAUAAAAGUGUCUCAUGUUGGGGGCGCCUCUAAGGAUGACAAGAGAGUCUUCUGCAAACGCGUGGGGAAGCGCUCAACUUUCGUCGACUCCAGUGUCUUAGUUUGUAACUGCUCAAGAUAACGAAAACCAAAUCAGAUUAGACAGAAAAUCCAGGAUUCCCACGCUCACACAUGCGCGCCGCUGCAGGACCGUAGCGCAGCGCUCACCUUUAAAUGAAUAUGGGCUUUCUGUUGGGGGAACAUCCGACGAGAUUGGGAAACUUGUGAGUGACCGGUAUCGGGGACCAACGUCCACCCCAAUCUGGAAGGCGGUGGCGACGCCGCCAAACUUUUCUGUUUUAGCACUUCAACAGUAGUUUUCGCUGACCCUGACACAUGAGCGAUCUUGGAUGUUGACUAUCAGACGUUUAUACUUGCAAUCGGCUUCAGUUUUUGUCUGUUUGUUUGGGUUGAAACAUGGCUUUCAGAAACGAUUUUGGUGGAUUGUUAAUGCUUCUACUGCUCGCAUUGGAUGUUUCGGUGACUUCUGGGACCAACCUGGAGCCAAUCUACUGGAAUUCUUUAAAUAAAAGGUUUAAUGAUGAAAAAGGAUAUGUGCUGUACCCCCAGAUUGGGGACCGCCUGGACCUGAUCUGCCCAGCGUCACUGCCCCCUGGGCCACACUCAACGGAAGAAUAUGAGUAUUACAAGCUCUACCUGGUGAGCACGAGGGAGCAGGCAGAACGCUGUGAGAUUAUUGGAGCCCCUAACCUUCUUCUGACCUGUGACAAGCCAACGAGCGACAUGCGCUUCACUAUCAAGUUCCAGGAGUACAGUCCAAAUCUCUGGGGACACGAGUUCAAGACACAGCAUGACUACUACAUAAUCACUACCUCCGAUGGGACAAGACAAGGCCUGGAGAGCAUAAGAGGAGGAUCCUGCCAAAGCAAGGGCAUGAAGGUCAUACUCAAAGUCGGACAGAAUCCCCACAACGUGGGCCCUAAACCCCAGAAGCCGAACGUGGACAUUUCACCCGAUGUGCCAUCGGAGUUUGAUCCAAACCGGGCCCCCAAUAAGGAGAACCCCUCAGGUUCUUCUGGAAAUUCGACCAAUAAGGGAAAUGGCGAGAAUGGGCCGCUUCCAGCCUCGAACAUUCCCAUCAUCGCUGGUGCAGCUGGAGGGUCAGCCUUUCUCCUCAUCAUCGCCAUCAUCAUCGCAGUGGUUUGCUAUCGGAGACGACAGUCCAAGCACUCUGACACGCACCAUCCACCACUGUCCUUGUCUACUCUAACCAGCCCCAAGAGAGGUGGCAACAACAACGGAUCGGAGCCGAGCGAUAUCAUUAUCCCGCUACGGACUUCCGACAGUGCCUUCUGUCCACACUAUGAGAAGGUCAGCGGGGAUUAUGGACACCCAGUCUAUAUAGUCCAGGAAAUGCCCCCCCAGAGCCCAGCCAAUAUUUAUUAUAAAGUAUGAACACACUGUGUUGCUCUAGGAGUACAUUUUUCCUUUUUUUUGUUUUAAACUGGUCUGGCUGCAUUUUGUAACAGCUUUUACAUUUUUCUUUUUUACAGUCUGCUGUAAGAAGUGCAGACUUUCUUUGCAACUUUUUUGCUUUAUGAACAGCCCCCCACCCCCCUCCAUCACCAAUCCCCUCCCCGUUCGUUUCAGACUGUUACCAGUAGAUUUGUGCAGUGCUUCUUCAAGCAGGCAGCUGAAGGGUAACAGACACAAUUGCAAAACAAGUGAAGCAGAAAAUAUGAAUUAUGAAAAUAUGAAUUAUGGAAUGUCAAAUGAGAUUGCGAUCGGGAAGGAAGAGACUGAAAGGGAGGAAUAAGAAAAAAAGGGAAAGAAAUCCACCGGCAGAUAAUGGAAGACCCUUUUCUGAAGCAGGCUGAAGUGUCAGAGGUGGGGAGGAGAGUGCAGGCUGACUUAUUCCCCUUUUUCUUGCCCCAUCCCUUCCUCCUUCACAGGACCUUUUUGAUUUCCAUUCCGGUGAAAGUGGGGGUGGGGGGGGGGGGGUGAGAGGGGGGUGAAGAAAAUAAAAAUGCGCACAGGGACUGAGGCCUUUCAGAAAGGACACUGGAAUGGAACAUCAAUCUGUGUUUACAAAGGGCUUUCCACUUGGGAUAAAGAAAGAAAAAAAGAGAUGGAAUUUCAUUUCACUUUUUUUUUUUUAAUUAUUACUAUUCAAAGAACAAAAGACGGAGUGGAAAAUGUCAUAGCUGGUAUACCAACUGAGCUGACGGUGCCCAUUUUAUAUAUAUAUAUUUUUUUCUUUCUUGUAAGUAUGUUGCAUUUGGACCUUGGUGGAUGGCUGAGAUGGAUACAGUGGGGGCAGUCAGGAGUGAGCACCUCCAUAUUCACCCAUCCCUGCACCCCACUCACCUCCUCCCUAGGAUAAUGGAUUUCUAGCAAGUGUCUGCUACCCCAGCCGGAGCAAUGGAGGAACUCACCCGGGGAGAUGACAUGCAGCCAUAUCACCUGCAGAGGACACCUUAGCUCGUUGCAUUUUAUUUUGUUUUGUUUUUGUUUUUUUUUUUUGUUUCGGGGACUCAUUCCUGCUAUUUCAGUCUGGCGUACAGCACCAGGCAACAACCAAAACCAGCCCUUCUAGAAAAACAAACUAGCGACUAAAGGAUAUCAGUAUGGUCCUAUUGAUAUUUAUAUUGUUAUCAUGCUGUGCCUUUCUCAAGGAGAGUUUCUGGAUCUGAGCGUCAAGCCCAAGGGAUAUUCUCAAGUUUCUGGUGGUCUGAUGGCAUCUUUCUUUUCUCAUAAAUGGACCUUGAAGCUAAAGGACCUUUAUUUGCUAACGCAGCCACAGGCCACAGGAGCAUUUCUUGUUUCAUUGCAGUUUGCUGUCUUCAGAAAUAAAUAUAUAAAACAACAACCAUUCUGGCAAACAAAAGGACUUCACAAAAAAACAAACAAAAAAAAAAUUUAAAAAACAAAAACAAAAAAAGAAAUCGUCGAACUGGAAUUUUCAUCCCGUGGAGUGCCAGGCUCCAAUAGUCCUUCUGCUCAUUGUUGAGCGCACGCCACCUUACCCGUUGUACUAAAUGUCCCAACAUUGUGCUGUGUUCUUGGUGGUAGCGUGUUGGGAGCAGAUGGACCUCUGUGCUGUUUACUUUUUUUCUGUUUGUAAAACACACGUUUGCUCUUAUUAUUGUUAUUUUAUUUUAUUUUGUAUUGUUCACAUUGUGGGUACCUGUGGUCUGGGCUCGGCAAGAAGCCCCCAUGUGGGAAUAUCUAAAAUCGCUUCUAUGUUUUGUGAAAGCAACAGGCUUGAGUGUACAGUAUGUGAGUGCGCUUAGUCAAAGGGGUUUUUGGGGUGGGAGGGAGGGUGGGAUCCGAGGAUUUCUGUGCCUUCUGCCAUUGUGAUUUUUUCUUUAUUGGCCCCGGCGCAUAGUGAUGGUGUAGGGGGACUUUAAAUUUUGCAGGUGCCAUGUAGAACAGAGGUCUAAAGACCCUCCUUUUUUGAAAGCAGCCUUAACCAAGGGCCCCCCUUGCCCCCACACUGGGGUCAGUUAGAAAAUCAAGCUGAAUUAUGGGCCACUGCAGAUUUGCACAAAGAGGUCUGCUAUUUUUGAAAAACGCAUUGUAAGCACGCAGUUCAGUGGGUUUUUUUAGGUGGGAAGUCCUUCCUUUGCUGUCUUCACCCCAUCUCACCCCCCUGGAACUUGGAUUGGCUGGCUAGUGUAGAUGGAAGGCAUUUCUCCAGUUUGGUGGUAGCGUAAAUGGAAGGUAUUACUGUUCCUACAUCUUACAAAAUUUGUAACUUUUAGUCUGAUAGAACUUUACCAGCUGAGCUAAGGCUUAUUGGAAAAUAAUCAGUACUAGCCAAGCUGAGAGAAGACGUCCCAAAAAAUCAGCCAUAAAUCAUUCUGUCAAUUUGAAAAGCCACCUGUCCUACUGCGGGUAUUGAGGACAGCAAAGUGAGGACGAUACAGUGGACUUUGCUUUCGCUUUUGGACUGCAGCUCCUGCCCCGGUCUGCUGAUCAGUCGUCUCACAGUCCUCCCUAGGUCUUACCCAGGGCUUGUCCCAUUACAUUUCCCACUGUAGCUGAACUGGGUCAUUUAGCGGCGUUCUAAUUUAAUGGUUCUUUCAAACAAACUCCCCGUAAUAUUAGUACUGACUAGUCUAGUCAUAACUGGGGGGUGUUUGCUUUACUGUAUUUCCCAUAGUUUAGCUGAACGAGUUGUGGGGAAAAGUUAUACCUGAAGAGUUCAGGGGACACGUUUUAGUUUAAAUUCCCGUUCUGGCGUAGCAGUUACGGACUGCGUAUUCUGCUUGACAUCUAGUUUCCUUUAUCAGACAAGCCUGUGUUCUCUGAAUGAAUUUAUUAAGGAAAACCUUUCUUAACAAAUCAAUUAUGCAGCAUUCAUGUAGGGCAGAGAGAUGGAGAAGUCUUGUUCAUUGUUAUCUAGCCGGGAAUGAUCAAUAAAAGAGCUGAUUGUUUCUGUAA